CGUAAAAGUCGCUCGCGGACCAGAUGAAAUGGUUGUGCGAAUUUCAGUAGCUGAAAUGCACUGCUAACUUAUUUAUUAUUUUGAUUAUUAAAAGUUUAUUAAUAGAUCAGUUUGUGAAGAAAUAGUUAAGAGAUUUACGCAAGAAUGAGAUAACCUCCGCAUGCUCAGAAUAAUUUAGAAUAAACUUCGUUUAAUAAUAAUCAAAAUAGCAUUGGAAUAAUUUUACAUAUUCUGCAAUCUAAAUAAGUAAACGCUUUUGUGUAUUUGUUUUCCUUUAAUGGUUUAAAAGUUAAUACUGUGCGUAUAUGUUUAUACUUUUAUGUCAAAUUUAUAAACGUUCAUAUGCAGCAUUUCCAUUCUAUUUCGUUUAUUAUUAAAAAGAUUUAAUUUACGAAAUUUCGAGUAAAUAUUGAUGCUAUUUAAUUUUUCAAAAAACGAAAAAAAGAAUUAUAAAGAAUAUUUUCAAUGCUAUUAAUGGAUAUGAAGACUAAAAAUUAUCAUCGAGUCUGUCAUGUUUCCAUUUUACAGAAACUACUGAAGUUUCCUGUAAGUGAUUAAAUAUAUUUACCAAUAUUCUGCGCAUAAUAAUGGAUAAAAAUUUAAAAGAAUUCUCGUUUUUUACGCCAUAUGAAAUCAAAAUCGUCUGAAAAUUGUGAAUUUAAAAAACUUGCUAUUAAUUUCUUAAAAAAAACGAGAUGCUACAAUUCGUAUUUAGAUUUUCAUAAAUCAUCAUCUUUCAAUGAAAAGAAAAUUUACAGAACUUUUUAAGCAUUAUAAAAAUAUAUGCAAAUUAUUUAAUGCCAGCGUGAAUUCAUUUUGCAAAAAACUGAAAAAUGGAAGUACAAAGUAAGAUUUAGUGUUCCUGAUUGAAGAUAUAAAAUGUUUUAUUGAAUCCAAGAAGUGAUAUGGAGAUAAGAGUUGAGCAUUGAACAUAAAUAUGGAAAUGAAGGUAAAAACAAAUUCGGAAGGAAGAACUGGGCCUGCAGAGAAUAACGUUAGAAGUGAAGAUGUUAUUUCAACCAACGUUCGUGAAACUUGGAAUAAAAAAGCCGAUUUCUUGUUGUCGGUGAUUGGUUUUGCUGUGGAUUUAGCCAACGUGUGGAGAUUUCCCUACUUGUGCUACAAAAAUGGAGGAGGAGCUUUUCUCAUCCCCUACGUAAUAAUGUUGGCCGUCGGUGGCAUACCUCUUUUCUACAUGGAGUUGGCCUUAGGACAGUACAACCGGAAAGGAGCCAUCACCUGUUGGGGAAGAAUAGUACCUCUCUUUAAAGGUAUAGGAUACGCUGUCGUUCUCAUUGCAUUCUACGUAGAUUUCUAUUACAACGUAAUCAUAGCUUGGUCUCUGUACUUCUUUGUUGCUUCAUUCAACAGCGUGUUGCCUUGGACCACCUGCAACAACCCUUGGAACACACCAAACUGUAGGCAGAUGACAUCGCUAGUCGAUUUACUGAAUAAAACCAACGAGAUCGUAAUUAGUGAUACCGAUGAAAACAUUCAGCAAGCAAGGACAUCACCAGCAGAAGAGUAUUUCAAUCGUGCAGUCUUAGAGCUACAAAAUAGUUCUGGAAUCGAUGACUUGGGCCACAUCAAAUGGGAGAUGUGUUUGUGCUUGGCAGCAGUCUACCUCAUUUGUUACUUCAGCCUUUGGAAAGGCAUCAGUACAUCAGGAAAGGUGGUAUGGUUUACAGCGUUAUUUCCUUACGUAGUUUUGCUCGUUCUCUUAGUGCGGGGCUGCACACUUCCAGGCGCUGCAGAAGGUAUCAAGUUCUACUUGACUCCCGACUUCUCAGCACUGGCUGAUGCAAAUGUGUGGGUGGAUGCUGCAACUCAAGUAUUCUUUUCUUUAGGCCCAGGAUUUGGCGUAUUGUUGGCUUUCGCCAGUUAUAACAAAUUUCACAAUAAUGUCUACAGAGAUGCUCUCCUUACAAGUGCAGUGAACAGUGCCACCAGUUUUCUCUCUGGAUUUGUCAUUUUCUCUGUAUUGGGUUACAUGGCACACCAGGCACAUGUAGAAGUCAAAGAUGUGGCAACAGAAGGUCCUGGUCUUGUUUUCAUAGUGUACCCAGAAGCAAUAGCAACUAUGCCUGGUUCAUCGUUUUGGUCUAUAAUGUUCUUUCUUAUGUUGCUUACUUUGGGGCUGGAUAGUUCGUUUGGAGGAUCGGAAGCCAUUAUAACAGCUGUGAGUGACGAAUAUCCCUUGCUCAAAAGACACAGGGAAUGGUUCGUGGCGGCGUUGUUCGCUUUUUAUUUCCUCAUAGGCUUACCAAGCUGCACACAGGGUGGUGCUUACGUUGUACAACUUCUUGAUCGCUAUGCUGCGGGAUAUUCUAUUUUAUUCGCUGUUUUCUUUGAAGCCAUUGCUGUAUCGUGGAUUUAUGGUAUAGGAAGGUUUUCGGCGGAUAUAAAAGAGAUGUUGGGAUUUGAUGUCGGACGCUGGUGGAAAUUUUGCUGGUUUUUCAUGGCCCCUCUGUUCAUUAUGAUGAUCAUCGUGUAUGGAUUAGUGAGCUACGAACCUCUCAGUUAUGAGCAGUACGAGUAUCCACCGUGGGCCAAUGUUUUCGGAAUGAUGAUUGCUGCCUCUUCCGUGCUUUGCAUUCCAUUUGUCGCUAUAUACAAGCUUCUCAGGACUCCUGGAACAUGCUCUCAACGCUUGAAAAUACUGACAACACCUUAUAGAGACAGGGACAAUACUGCUGAAACGAUAAUUAGCGGCCCCGAUGCAGUACUGCUUUGAAGAGUUGACUUACAGAUGAAUUUCCUUUACUUGAUAUCAGAUGUAUUAAUA